UAUAAUUAAAAUGGCCACAGUUGUGCGAUUGCAAGGCCUAGAUGUGAAGGCAGGUACUGAAGAUAUACGAAAAUUCUUUGAAUACCUUCACAUACCUGAUGGUGGAGUGUACAUAUUGGGGGGAAGUCUCAGAGAGGCAUUUAUUGCCUUCACCACUGAACAAGAUGCCCAGCUUGCCAUGCGGCACACUGGGAAAAACCUCAAAGGGUCUAAAGUGUCUCUACAUAUUAGCAGCAUUACAGCACUGGAGCACAAGUUGAAAUUGUUGUUAAAGGGGAAGAAACCCUUGCCCAACAGGCUUAUUGUCAAGAGACCUCAGCCAUCUCCAGAGCACAAGUUCAAGACUAAUUUAACGGAGAAGAAACCCAUCCCCACCAGGCUUAUUGUUAAGAGCCCUCAGUCAUCUCCAGAGGACAAGUUCAAGACUAAUUUAACGGAGAAGAAACCCACCCCCACCAGGCUUAUUGUUAAGAGCCCUCAGUCAUCUCCAGAGGAGAAUUUGCUACCUUUGAAUGGGUGGCCUCUUGAUGCCAAUUCUGCAAGUCUACCUUCCUCUACUGCAGCUCCACCACCUUCUACUGCAGUGUCACAUGGCCCCAGUACUGCAAAUCUACAAACUUCAAAUGUUCAUUCACUUGAUUCCAAUGCAGCCUUACUUCUUGGGGUUUGUACUGUCCUCAAAAGUCUCCAGUCUUCCAAUGAAGGUGAAAACAAUGUUGCUUCUAAUGAGGUGAGGAAACCAGAGCAAACUCAGACAUCAAGGCCAGGCUAUGUAAGGCUCUUCGGUCUGCCAGCCUCAGUUACAAAAGAGGACAUCUGCCAUAUUUUCAGAGGGUUGAAAGUACAGGAAACCAUAGUGAAUGUGAUGUUGGGACUCAGCCAUGGCUGCCUUGUAAAGUUUGCAAACAUGCAGGAUGCACAUGAAGCUCUUUUCUUCAAUCAACAAUCACUGGGCUCCAACUGUGUGGAGGUAUGUGCAGCAACUGAGAGGAUGUGGACCAGUGCGCUACAAGAAUGUGAAACAGCUUUUGAUGUUGAGGACAGUGUGAAAGCCAAGCAAAACCCUCACAGUGAAAGUGCAAACCACAUACAUAAAUUCAUUUCUACAUUGCAAAACAAAAGAAGAUCUGUCAAUCGGUUUCCAGUUCCAUCUAAAUCACCAAAAAAGCCAAGAACUGAUUGUGACUCAUCAACUCCCAUGUCAGUGACUAUGGAGUACAUUGUUAUGGUCAGUAAUAUACCCAAAAACAUGACCAAGACUGAAAUAAAAGAGUUGUUUGGAUGUCCAAACAUUGAACACAAAAACGUACUACAUCUGCUUGACCAGAAAGGUAACAGAACGGACACAGCAUUUAUAAUUUUUAACCAGACUGAGGAUUACAACUAUACAAUGAAUCUCAACGGCUGCCAUGCUAAAAAGACCCCUCAACACCAAUUUUACCCAAGUCCUCCACCAGGGAUGAACUGUGGCCCUGAUUUCACACCCACUGUCCCCAGCCUUUGCAGGCCUGGCAUGGGAGGAGGAGGCAGAGGACCAGUAAGUUAA